AGCACACGCCGGGACGAUUUCUCACCACCUGUGGGAUCAGUACAUCUUGGGUGUGACAAUGGAAGAGUUGGAUGCCUUAUUGGCGGAACUGGAGAGUUCCACCCUCCAGGACAGUGGUGAAUGUUCCAGCCCAGCUCCUCUUCCUCUGUCUCAGUGUCCCGGAAAGGACAGUAAAGUGGCCAAGACUUCAAGGGACCUUUCCUCUCAGGAUAUCACAUGUCCCUUGUCAGUGCAGCCGGUGUACACGACCAAUGUCCAGGAGCCCAACGUCUACAGUGUGAUCAGAGCGCCCCAGAGAUCAGCCACGCCCCCGAAGAAGUCAGCGGCGGCUCAGCUGGAUGAGCUCAUGACCCACCUGUGUGACAUGCAGGCCCAGGUGGCUGUGAAGCCGGAUGCCAGCAAGGCACACUUGGCAGACAAGAAGGACUCCUUGGACUCCAUGCUGGGCGGGCUGCAGCAGGACUUGCAGGACCUCGGAAUUGCCACAGUGCCCAAGGGCCAUUGCGCUUCCUGCCACAAACCCAUCGUGGGAAAGGUGAUCCACGCCCUCGGCCAAGCCUGGCACCCGGAGCACUUCACCUGCACUCACUGCAAGGAGGAGCUGGGCUCCAGGCCCUUCUUCGAGCGCAGCGGCGCCGCUUACUGCCAUGACGACUACCACAACCUCUUCUCUCCGCGUUGCGCCUACUGUGCCGCGCCCAUCCUGGACAAAGUGCUCACGGCCAUGGACCAAACCUGGCACCCGGAACAUUUCUUCUGCGCUCACUGUGGAGAGGUGUUCGGCCCCGAAGGCUUUCAUGAGAAAGACAAGAAGCCAUACUGCCAAAAGGAUUUCUUAGCCAUGUUCUCACUCAAGUGUGGCGGCUGCAACCGCCCGGUGCUGGAUAACUACCUUUCGGCCAUGGACACCGUCUGGCACCCAGAGUGCUUUGUUUGUGGGGACUGCUUCAGCAGUUUUUCUACCGGCUCCUUCUUUGAACUCGAUGGGCGGCCCUUCUGUGAGCUGCACUAUCAUCACCGCCAGGGCACCCUCUGCCAUGGAUGCAAUCAGCCCAUCACCGGCCGCUGCAUCAGCGCCAUGGGCUACAAGUACCACCCGGAGCACUUCGUGUGCGCCUUCUGCCUGACCCAGCUGUCGAAGGGCGUCUUCAAGGAGCAGAACGACAAGACCUAUUGCCAGCCCUGCUUCCUCAAGCUCUUCGCAAUGUAACGCCACCGGAACCAGAGUCCCCUAGAGCCUCUGUGCACUGUACCCCGGAAUGGGGUCUCCUUUGCGUAAAUGACCUUCUGUGCAACAGGCUAA